UGACGUUUGGAACACAAACGGUCGGUUUUGUUCAACGGGUUAGAGUUCUAUUUGAAAAAGUAGAGCACUUAGCUGCUUUUUUCUUUUAUUUAUGACAUAACUAAGGUUUUAUUUCACGCUUUAACCGUCGGACUACGUUACGAUGGUUGCGGCGGCUCGAAAGGAACGUGGUUUGGACUCUGAGAGAAGUCAUGUUAGCCUAAUUAGCAUCCAGACUGGCUUUUGUGAAAGUGCCCGGUGGCAUUUUUGAGGAAAAUGAAGAGGAAAGUGUCGAGAUUAAGAUUGAGUCCCAACGAAGAGGCUCGUGUGAUACGCGAGGAGCUUGACAGGCGGAGGAAACUCCGGAUCCAGCAGGUGCGGGAGCAGCAGCGGCAGAUCGCGCUGCAGAUCCGGCGGGACGUGGAGCAGCGCCGGCAGCAGGAGCUGCAGCAGCUGGAGGAGCAGCUGAGGGAGGACUGGGAGAGGCGUCAGAGGGAGAAGCUGCACACGCUGCAGAGUUUGUAUCUGGAGAGCCUGCAGCUCAUCGGCCAGAGCCACAGGAGCGCCACGGAAACCGAAGCUCAGCUGGCAGCUGCAGCUCAGGGGGAGGAGGAGCAUCAUGCCAAAGCAGAGGAGCGUUACCGUGAAGCUCUGAAGGAACUCAAGAUCCAAAAGACUAAAGAGCAGGAGAGACAGAAACGAUCCAUCAAUGCGAGGAAGAAGGCGCUGCAGACGGAGAAGGAACGAUCAGCAAAAGUGGCCAGACUCCCGCCGCCUCCGCCUGAUCCCUUCCAGGACAUCGAUCCCAGGAAGUCCCACAUGGUGAGGAGGUCGGAUCUGAACGCCUUCGCUGCCACACGCUACCACAUGCCAGAGAGCGCCGUGGCGAAGGAGCCGGAGGAGCUGCAGCCUGACGCCAGACUGGAAGCUGACCUGGAGACCAGGAGGCUGCAGGAUCUCCAGAGAGAGGAGGAGAGGAGGAGGGAGGAGCAGCUGGAGAAGGCCCGGGUCAGAGGGAGGCAGGCCCUGAGGAGGGAGCAGCUGGAGCACGACCGGGAUCGCCUCCUGGUGGAGUUGCAGCACCUGCAGCAGACGGAUCUGCUGCGGCGGAGGCAGCAGGUGUCCCGGAUGCCGCCACAGAUCUUCCAGCCUCUCUACCAGAGGCAGGAGGCCAGGGAGGAACUCCAGAGGGAGCUGGAGUUCGCCUUCGAGGACAUGUACACCGGAGAGAGACGGGUUAAAGGUGACCUGGUGGUCCAGCUGGUACCGGAGCCUCUCCCAGCCUCAUCCAGCUCCGGCCAGGACCUGGACCUGGAUCAGGACUUGGAUGUCACUGUGGAUGAAAAUGCCGAGCCCAAAGCAGAAAAUAUUCAGAAUGACUUUGGGGACGAAGUUGAAGGCGGAGAGCAGGAAGCAGCAGAUGGCGCAACUCCUCCCAGACAGGCGCUCCGGAGACUCCUGGAUCGGAUCCGGAACCAAAGGACCGACUGGAUCAACGGCCGCAGCCGAGAUCCUGCAGCGGAUUCUCUGUCUGUCGACACAGAGCUGAUCCCAGAGCGAGACCUGAGCAUCGAAACCGGAUCUCUGACCCCCGAGCCGCUCAGUGAGCCCCCAGCACCGAAACCAGCAGAACCGCCACGCGCAGCAGAACGUUCACUCCCUGCUGAUUUUCUGAGCAGAAUCCAGGAAGCCGAAGAAGAACGGAAGAAGCGGGAAGCGGAGCUGGAGGUGGAGAAGCAGCAGCAGGUUGCUCUCCUCCAGGAGCUGGAGGAGCAAAAAGCUGAGCUGGAGCAGAUGCUGCAGGAGGCUCAGAGGGAGCGGGAGCAGCUGAGAGCUGCUGCCCAGCAGGAGGCGCUGCUCCUCCAACCACAGGUUCCUGUCCAGGACCGCUCCCCGAUCAGCUUAACCUCUGAGGAAGAAGCGGCGGCUUCUGCAGAGGAAGACGUGUCCACCAUGCGGCUCCGACGGUACCAGCAGCGCCUGCUGGAGCAGAACAGGAUUCACCAGAGAUCCGUGGAAGUGGCCCGGCAGCGGCUGGAGGAAUACCAGCGAGCUCUCCGGAUCCGCCACAACCUGACCGCCGCCUCGCUGAGGACUCCCGUUCACCCUGUGCUCCUCGCUCCCCCGUCUGAAAGUCACCCUUCAGACGUGUCACUUCCUGCUUCCAGCAGCAGCGGCGGCUCCAGCGUACCGUCGGAUCCGUCCACUACGAACCGGUUCAGCUCACCAGACGCUGCUCCGCUCGCCGACAGCCGGAGCGAACCGGAGCGAGUAGCGAAGCGUCUGCCGGACAGACCGAGAGCCUCGCCGCCCGCUGCCAUGCCGUACCGACCCGACGCCGGGUCAGCCGGCACCUCGGCCACCUUUGACCCGAUGACCCCGACCUCCAGAGAGGCGGACCGCAGGAGACGGGAGCUGCAGGAGGCCCAGAGGCGGGUGGUGGCGCAGAGGGCGGCGCUGGCGCUGCAGAAGGAGCAGCAAGAGGAGGAGAGGCGCAGAGCGGAGGAGGAGCUGCAGCGCAUGAGGAGGCAGAAGGAGGCGCUGCAGGCUCUGAUCGACGCCGAUGGACGAAGCGGUUCUGAUUCUCCCAGUGAAUCUUGGGACCCGCAGGAAGCCGAGCGGAAACGGCUGCAGCUGCUGGCAACGCUGCUGAGAGCCAUCGAAGAGUCGCAUGGAGGACGUCUGUCCCACUUAGAGGAGCCGGAGGACGGAGACGAUUCCCUUCAGCCCCGUCUCACAGGAACAGCUCCUCCGGUUCCGAGCGUCGUUCCUCCAGAACCUUCUGGACUCCUCCAUCCUCCACGGACGCAGAAGCCUCCAGUGACCCGGGUCAAACUGGGUUUCAAGUGGAUGAUUCCUCAACAACAUGAGCUCAGCGCCAUCCAAGAGGUGGACACUCCAGUCAACACGAGUCGGGUUACAGGUUCUAGGCCUCAGUCUGCCGGGAGACGGGUCGCCUUUCCGGGCCCAGAAGACGACGUUCCUUCCAUCCCGGCGGACUUCCCGUGUCGUUCUGCCAGGAGACGAGUCGUCUUUUCAGACACCGAAGACGACACGCGUUCCCCCUCCGACGGUUCAGUCCAUGACACCAGACAGUCUGGGUCUGUGUCCAGCUGGAGAGCGGACUCUGCUGGGAGAUGGGUCGCCUCUUCAGGCCUGGAGGACGGCGUUCCUUCACGCCUAUCAGAUGUUAACCUGCAGGAUGGUUCUGGUCGGGGCCGGGUCGGGUCGGAGACCUCCUGCCGUCCUCCCUGGAGGGAGCGACUGCUGUCUGGAGCAGCAAUGACUCCAGAGUCGUCCGAUUCCGAUUCAGCCAUGAAAGCGACGUCACCGCCUUGUUCUGAUUCUGGAAGAGGAGCCGACUCGCUCGGUCCUGCAGCUCUGAGCUCCAGAUCCCCCUCAGAGCCUCCCUGCAGGUCCUACGGCUCCGACAUCCUUUCCUCCACCACCAUCUCCAGCGGCAGCUACGUCUCCACCGACCCAGAGAGAAGCGUCGAUCCUCGGCUCUUCGACCCAACUGGACCGGGUUCUGGUGGCGUUUCCUGUGCGGGUUUCCGGGACUCGGCCGGUCCGCCUGUCGACUCUGUGUUUAAUGACAGCAUCAUCCAGCGCAUCAUUGAUAAAUACACCAGAGAGCUCAAUGUCUCGCUCGGCGCCGCAGGAACGACUUCAGGUCCAGAUCCGGAUCCCUCGCCGCCUACCCGCCUCCGGCCCGGUUCUGGAACAAUAAAAACUCUGCUGUUGCUCUCAGACAGCGACGCUCCGCAGGAGUCCGGCUCUUCGCUCUCUCGGCCGUCCAGUAUGGAGGACGAGACCUCGGCUCGUCGGGACGUCCGGCGCCGCCCAGCGGCCGGUCAGGACCCGAACCCGGAGCAGGCGACCCCGGGUCAUCCCGGCUUGGAGCGUUUCUGGCCCGUCGACCCGGAGCGGAACCCGUCCUGCUUGGCUCCGGAGAGGCUGUCGGUUCUGGAGCGGUUGGUCGGCCAGCCGUCGGCUCAUUCCUCCAUGAUCGGUGCCAGGCCCGGUCCGCCAGAUCGCAGCGGCGGCUGGGACUCCACUCUGAGCCGGAUGAUCGGCCGCCUGUCCCAACAGUCCGACGAUCCGGGUCGGGGUUUCUGCGCUGGUCAAGACGCGUCGGAACCGUCCUGGUCGGAUGAGCUACCGGAGGAGACCCGGAUGAGGGUUCUGGUGGGAGAGCCGCAGGUCUCUGCCGAUCAGAACAGUGGAAGCUCCGGUGAACGAAGUUCUGCAUCUGAGUCCAGAGAACCAUCAUGGCUGCCGCGCCGCCUGGCUCAGAGUCCGCCCGCCUCGAACCCGGUGCUGCAGAACCGAGCCGGUCUGGAGGAACUGGACCCGCACGGCGCCGCUGAUUCGUUCCACCGGCUGCAUCCAGAAAUCACCUACAACGAAACCGCUGACCCCUCUAUGAACUUUCACCUUCCUGACCUCAACACGUCAGACGAUUCGUCGCUGGAGCAGCUGAGAGCGGAGGAGCCGGGCGGCCGCAGAGAAGUCCAGGAGUCCUUCUCCCGGCUCGUCAUCUCCGAAUGCGUCCAGCAGGACUCUGUCCUGACGCCGCCCAGCGGAUCCCCCGCCGCCCUGGGGACGCCGCCCCUUGAGUCCCCCGCCGCCCUGGGGACGCCGCCCCCUGAGUCCCCCGCCGCCCUGGGGACGCCACCCCCUGAGUCCCCCGCCGCCCUGGGGACGCCACCCCCUGAGUCCCUCGCCGCCCCGGAGACGCCGCCCAGCGGGUGCGGGGAAGCGUCCGCUCUGGGCUCGGCAGAAUCCUCCAGAGUUUCGGUCUCAGGCGGUGAACGCCAGGAGGAUUUCUCCAGCUCAGAAAUCACACCGGAGUCCGACGGGGAGCAGGGCAUCCUGGAGCAAUCCCAGAUCACCUUGGUGAGUCUGACGGACACGACGCUCCAGGACGCGGUCGCCACGGACGACGAGGACCUGCGGGACGACGAGGACCUGCGGGACGGCGAGGACCUGCGGGACGGUGAGGACCUGCGGGACGACGAGGACCUGCGGGACGGCGAGGACCUGCGGGACGGCGAGGACCUGCGGGACGGCGAGGACCUGCGGGACGGCGAGGACCUGCGGGACGGCGAGGACCUGCGGGACGGCGAGGACCUGCGGGACGGCGACGGUCCAGACAGCAUCACCGCUGGACAGGAAACCAUGGAAACGGAGCCAAUAGAGGGGGCUGAAUCCACGUUGGCUCAUCAGGCGCCAUCAGCGUCCCUCCUGGAGUUCCUCUGGAGUCCCAGCAGGGACCUGCAGGACGUCUUCCAGCGGCGCCGCCGGGCUCUCAUGCUGCGGUCCGACCGCCGCGUUCAGGAGAUCAAAGCCAAGCGGGCCGCCGCCAGGAACGGACCCCCCGGUCGGGUUCCGGUUGAAGGACCGGACCCGGGUAGAGCCGCGGUCCAGUCCGUCCCCAGGAAGGAGGCGACAGAGUCCCAGAGUAUGACGGAGGACAGGAAGAGAGCAGAGAGGAAGCUCCGCCCACUUCCACCAGGUCACCGCUCCGGUCCUCAGAUCGGAGCCGAUGUUCGGAUCAGCGAUCCGGAUCAGAGGAAGCGGAACCUGUCAGAGAUGCACCAGCGGACCCAGAGGCUGUACGAGCAGCUGGAGGAGGUGAAGCAGCAGCGAGCGGCCCGCAGCCGGCAGGAGGACUGGGCCAGGAACCGGCUGAGGGCCAAGGAGUUCCACAGGGUAGGAGCGUUUCGCCUCCGGGUUCCUGCAGCAGCAGAACCGCAGCUCACUCUGAUUUCCCUCCACAGAAAACGCUGCAGAAGCUCCGAGCCAAACAGACGCCGACGUUUUAAUUUAUCACCUUUAUUUAAUAAAAACUCGAGAUUGUUUUAA